UUUUGAAUCUCAUCUACUCUUUUCAAAGCCUUGCGCAGCCGGAUCUUGCAUUUUUCUACAAUACCGAGUGCAGUUCCGAAUCGGUCAGUAUCGUCUCUUGUUUGUUUCUGCGUAGAGAGGUAGAGGACAGCACACGUGCGAAGGUCAUUGUGCGAGAAGUGGUACUACAACAGGUAUAGUGGUAGAGGCAAGGAAAGCGUGGUCAUAUGCAGGCACAGUCGCGAGCUUGGACCGCCCUGGGCGAAGUCGAGUGUACGGACGGCGUGCGGUACGCUACGAUUAACGGUGUACCGUACGAGGACCUCAGCACUAUCGACAUGGAGCAGUACGAGUGGGGAAAAUCCGUCUCUGCUCCCACCACCGGAGGCGUGCGGUAUGAUCCGCCUACCACUUGGAACCCGUACCUGGAAAACGACCUUUUUUACCACAUCCGGCGGCAGGGACCCGGGACGGAUCCGGGGGACGACGGCUGGUUGCAUCCGUUCCACGACAUACCAGCUCGUGGAGAGUUCAGGUUUCAGAAUUAUAUUUUUGCAACGAUGCUUCUACAUCACUUCAUCUUCGCGUUGUAUGAUAAAAAAACUGCUGCCUGAAUCUUACAAAUCUUCUCAUAUGGUUACACACACAGGACGAACCCGCCAUCCGCUUUCGCGGACACUGUGGAAACCGGAUUCGACGACGCUUUUAAAACCCUGAGGAUUCGGUAUCCAGUGCAAAAAUUUCUGGGUCUGGAAGAAUGCAACUUGUCAUGCUAAAUCUGAAUCAUGCAAAAAUCUGUGUUGCAUGAUUAGACGAGGUCCCAGGAUCAGGUAGACGAGGUCCCAGACCGAAGUGGUAGGCGCUUAGGGUGAACUAUGUAUGUAGCGCUUAGGGCCCUUCCGUACGGCCAAUUUGUAUGUCCCGCAACGGGGUUCGCCUAAGUCGGUCAUUUGUAUGCAAGGCGUUGGGUUACCCGGUCGGCAGAGCCGAUCCACAACGAACGAACGAUGAUUCCCAAAAGUCGUCCGGUUUUGACCAAGUCGGGAGGGAGUCUCUUAUGCAGGAUAGGCAUGAUAGAGAUCGUACAGAAUCUGUCAUGCUUGGCCCUGCAUUCCAGACCUCAUGCGUCAUGGAAAAGCUCCAUGACAAAUCGCGCACUCUUCCAGACCCAGACAUAUUUGCAUUUGAUAUUCGGCGCCUGUAUGCGAUGCAGAACAGACACUGCUCGUCGCGGAGCCUCUGGCCGCGGCGUGUCUAUAAAAAAUUCUCUGCAAUGAUAAAUUAAUAGUGAUGUAUGAACAUUGGUUUUGGUAGACUUCAGUUCGCCACCAUAUGGUUUUUCUUUUUUCGUGAUGCAGUUGUGAGGACAUCUACGCCAGCACCUUUCUGUGUCACAGUCGUGCUGAGAUGCUGCGCCGAAUUCAGCUGUGGGAGUCGUGGAAGCGCCGUUUAGCUGAUCUCUUGUGGAAGUGCAGAAAAUACGCAUUGCAAAGUUUCGAUUGAUAUCGCAUCGGGAUGAAAAAUGUGUUGGUUUUUUUUCCACCGUGAAAAAUUGCAAUUGGCUUUCUAAGUAAGCAGUACUUAGAACUAGAAGUUGUGCGGCCUUGUUUCGGCCAAGAAAGGUACUAAUGGAAAUCUGAAUGUUGAAUACUUACGGCAAAAAUGAAAUAGUGGAUGCGAUACUACUUUGACUUUUUCAGACGAUAAAAAGCAGCGAAUGGCUUUGGCAGGGAGCACGUACAACAACGAGACGCAAGAACAUGAACACGGGGACGACCUCCGGGAAGAUGUUCCUUUGUGUCGCUACCCGCUCGUGGCCUUGUUGCUCCGGAGGCUGCAGACCAGUGCGGUUCAAGAAAACCUAAGCGCUUUGGAGGCGCUGAUCGGAUUCGCGUUCGCGUGCGCGGAAUUGCAAAUGGUGGACGAGUUUGAAUGCGAAAAAGCGCUGCGAACCUUGUCGGCGCGGGGGUACAUGUAUGAAGUGCAAAAGCCUCGUACUAGUAUAAAUUGCAUUACAAAUUUCCAUGCCAUGAGAGAUGAAAUUGGUAAAUGCUGUUUUAGCUAAGGAAGGCGAUAUGUCAUGCAUGUCUGCAAUUAUUACGAGAGCGAUACUUUUGCAGUGCAUAACAUGUCUGCGGAGGAGUCUGCAAAGUGGGAGCAGCAGCGCGAAGCCCUGCAGCUGCAACGGUUGCAGGAUCUGUCCGAAAUCUACGACGAGUUACCACCUAUUUUGCACGGUGCUGCAAGAGGUACAACACUGGAGAGGCAGGAGGACUGAGUUGACGAAAAUCUCCUGCGUCACCUUGUUUUUAAACUGCGAAAAAAGAACUGCUCUCAACAUCUCGACUACUUAUUAACAAAUACUAUUGUUCUUUACUGAUACUGUUCUUCCAAACGUAAUAGAGAGAUAUGUGGAACAAUAAUAUCCCGCGCCGUUGUGCCUUCUCCACGGCGGUGCGAGCCCCAAGGAUAUUUACUAUUCCGGCCCUCUAAUACCGAAAAGAAAAUGAAACAGCAGAUAUUUUCCGGCUCUUCUAUUUUCCGGUUCUUUUGCCGGCGUCAAAGCCAAGAAAAAAAGGGAAAACAAAAUGACAAGAUCUUUUAUUGAUGAAUUUCUCGGCUCUGCUAGCUGCAAAGAAUCGACACAGUUUUUACCGAC